AAUCAUGGCGAUCAUCAGUGUAUACAUUGUUAGUAAAGCUGGUGGUCUCAUAUAUCAAUAUGACAAUCCAAAUUCUCCAAAAAUUGAAGUGGAAAAGACGUUUAGUUAUCCGUUGGAAAUUUCUUUGGAUUAUCAAAACAAGAAAGUGACAGUAGUAUUUGGACAGAGGGAUGGAAUAAGAGUUGGUCACACUGUUCUAGCAGUAAAUGGGAACCCAGUCAAUGGCCGGCAGUUGGAAGAUGGGCAAGACAUAUUUGAAAUUCUAAAAAAUGAGGAGAACUUUCCAAUCAGCAUUAAAUUUGGCCGACCAAAACUCAAUACAAAUGAAAAAAUAGUACUGGCUAGUAUGUUUCACUCACUAUUUGCUAUUGCUUCACAACUCUCACCAGAACACAAAUCUUCAGGGAUAGAAGUGCUUGAAGCAGACACUUUCAAGCUUUUUUGCUUUCAGACUGUUACUGGCAUUAAGUUUAUGGUUGUUGCUGAUCCCAAACAAGCAGGAAUAGAGGGACUACUGAGAAAAAUUUAUGAAAUUUAUUCUGAUUUUGCUUUAAAAAACCCAUUUUAUUCAUUAGAAAUGCCAAUUAGGUGUGAACUAUUUGAUACAAAUCUACAAGCUGCUUUGGAACAAGCAGAAAAAAGUGGUCUAAGUAAUGUGUAAUUAUCAAAAAUCCAGAUAAACAGAUUGACUUUUUUUUUUAUCACCAGUUAUGAUAAAUAUUUUGUAUAAUAGUAUUGACUGUACAGGUUUGCUCUUUUCGUGUUGAUUGUUUCCUGUAAUAUUAAAAUAAAAAUUGUAAAUGAGAAGAA